GCCGGCCCGCAGCGCCCCUGCGCCCGGAGGCGAGGAUGCUCGCGGGCCCCGGCUGCCUUGCGGCCCGUCGUUGGACCCGCAUGCCGUCCGGGCCAGCUUGGGCCGCGCUGCAGGGGAGGGAUGCCCGAAAUGGAGGGCUUCUAGGCAGAGGCGGCCUGGGCAGCGCCCGGGAAGCAGGUGGCGGGACGCGGGAUGCAGGGAGGCGAGGCGCCCCCUAGUGGCCGAGCUCCCGUGCGCAGGCACGGCCACCCGCGGGGUCUGGGGACCCACCGCGCUCUUGGGAAGUGCAGUGACCCGGUCCCCAGAUGCGCUGGCCCGGACAGUGGGGCCGCAGGUCGCGGGGCUCCUCCCCUUCCCGGCCGGCGCUCGCAGGGGUCGGGGACCUUUCCCGGUACUCUGGUCCCCACCUGGUCUGCGCUGCGCCCGGAGGGUCGCCGUCUGGGCGGGAAGAGCACCUGGCCUGGCGCGCCGGCUUCGAGCUGACUCACAGGGGCGGGUGCAAUAAAUCAGACGGAGAAAUCCCUCCAUGGAUUCGCUCGGUUGUCAUGGCAACGCUGGCCUGCUUUGGAAGCUCCUGGGCUCCACCAAGAAGAUCAACGUCAACUUCCAGGACCCAGACGGUUUCUCUGCUCUCCACCACGCCGCCCUGAAUGGCAACACGGAGCUGAUUGCCCUGCUGCUGGAGGCCCAGGCCGCCGUGGACAUCAAGGACAAUAAAGGCAUGCGGCCCCUGCACUACGCGGCCUGGCAGGGCCGGAAGGAGCCCAUGAAGCUGGUGCUGAAGGCGGGCUCAGCCGUGAACGUCCCCUCAGAUGAGGGCCACAUCCCCCUGCACCUGGCGGCCCAGCACGGGCACUACGACGUGUCUGAGAUGCUGCUGCAGCAUCAGUCCAACCCCUGCAUGGUGGACAACUCGGGCAAGACGCCGCUCGACCUGGCCUGUGAGUUCGGCCGCGUCGGGGUGGUGCAGCUACUCCUGAGCAGCAACAUGUGCGCAGCCUUGCUCGAGCCACGGCCGGGGGACACCACGGACCCCAACGGCACCAGCCCCCUGCACCUGGCGGCCAAGAACGGCCACAUAGACAUUAUCAGACUCCUCCUCCAAGCUGGCAUCGACAUCAACCGCCAGACCAAGGCCGGCACAGCGCUGCACGAGGCAGCGCUGUGCGGCAAGACAGAGGUGGUGCGCCUGCUGCUGGAGAAUGGCAUCAACGCCCACGUGAGGAACACCUACAGCCAGACAGCGUUGGACAUCGUGCACCAGUUCACUGCCUCGCAGGCCAGCAAGGAGAUAAAGCAGCUGCUGAGAGAGGCCUCGGCGGCUCUGCAGGUGCGGGCGACCAAGGAUUAUUGCAACAACUACGACCUGACCAGCCUCAAUGUGAAGGCGGGGGAUAUCAUCACAGUCCUAGAGCAACACCCGGACGGGCGGUGGAAGGGCUGUAUCCAUGAUAACAGGACGGGCAACGACCGCGUGGGCUACUUCCCAGCCUCCCUGGGCGAGGCUCUGCUGAAGCGAGCAGGUUCCCGAGCAGGGGCUGAGCCCAGUCCACCCCAGGGAGGCAGCUCGUCGGGGCCCUCUGCACCUCCAGAGGAGAUCUGGGUGCUGAGGAAACCUUUUGCAGGCGGGGACCGAAGUGGCAGCCUGAGUGGCGGGGCCGGGGGCCGGAGCACCGGGGGCCACGCCCUGCACGCGGGUGCUGAAGGGGUCAAGCUCCUGGCCACUGUGCUCUCCCAGAAGUCCGUCUCGGAGUCCAGUCCCGGGGACAGCCCUGUCAAGCCCCCGGAGGGUUCCGCAGGUGCCGCCCGAUCACAGCCUUCGGGGGCCCGUGCUGGGCAGGUCUAUGCAGAACAGUCACCCAAGAAGCUGGAGCCUGCGUCAGAGGGCAAGAGCGCCGAGGCCGUCAGCCAGUGGCUCGCCACCUUCCAGCUGCAGCUUUAUGCCCCCAACUUCGUGGGUGCGGGCUACGACCUGCCCACCAUCAGCCGCAUGACCCCUGAGGACCUCACCGCCAUUGGGGUCACCAAACCGGGUCACCGGAAGAAGAUCACGGCCGAGAUCGGCAGCCUCAGCGUGCCCGACUGGCUGCCUGAGCACAAACCCGCUAACCUGGCCGUGUGGCUGUCGAUGAUCGGCCUGGCCCAGUACUACAAGGUGCUGGUGGAGAACGGCUAUGAGAACAUCGAUUUCAUCACGGACAUCACCUGGGAAGACCUGCAGGAAAUCGGCAUCACCAAGCUGGGACACCAGAAGAAGCUGAUGCUGGCAGUGCGGAAGCUCGCAGAGCUGCAGAAGGCAGAGUACGCCAAGUACGAGGGGGGGCCCCUGCGCCGGAAGGCACCCCAGUCCCUCGAGGUGAUGGCGAUUGAGUCGCCGCCGCCGCCUGAGCCCGCUGCCGGGGACUGCCAGUCUCCGAAGAUGACCACCUUUCAGGACAGCGAACUCAGCGGCGAGCUGCAGGCGGCCCUAACCGGCCCUGCUGAGGGCGCGGCGGCUGCCGCCCCCAACCACCUGCCGCCGACCCCCAGGGCUGCGGGGCGCCCGGAGCCCAGCUUGGGGGGGCGGGCACGGCAUAUGAGCAGCUCCCAGGAGCUGCUGGGCGACGGGCCGCCAGGGCCUGGCAGCCCCCUGUCCCGGAGCCAAGAGUACCUGUUGGAUGAGGUGCCGGCCCCCAGCACCCCACCCAAGGAGGCCCGGCCCGGCCGCCACGGCCACAGCAUGAAGCGGGCCAGCGUGCCCCCGGUGCCUGGCAAGCCACGGCAGGUCCUGCCGCCCGCUGCCAGCCACUUUACGCCCCCCCAGACACCCACGAAAGGGCGGCCGGGCUCCCCCCAGGCCCUGGGGGCCGCUCACACUCCGGCGCCAGCUACUGCGAAGGUGAAGCCCACCCCCCAGCUGCUGCCCCCCUCUGAGCGGCCCAUGUCUCCCCGCUCGCUGCCGCAGUCACCCACGCACCGGGGCUUCGCCUACGUGCUGCCUCAGCCCGUGGAGGGCGAGGCGGGGCCGCCCUCGCCCGUGCCGCCGCCCGCGCCCGUGCCCACGCUGUGCCUGCCCCCAGACACCGACGCGGAACCGGGGCGGCCCAAGAAGCGCGCGCACAGCCUGAACCGCUACGCGGCGUCUGACAGCGAGCCCGAGCGGGACGAGCUGCUUGUGCCCGCCGCCGCCGGGCCCUACGCCACUGUCCAGCGGCGCGUGGGCCGCAGCCACUCCGUGCGGGCACCCGCGGCUGCCGACAAGAACGUCAACCGGAGCCAGUCCUUUGCGGUGCGGCCCCGGAAGAAGGGACCCCCACCACCCCCACCCAAGCGCUCUAGCUCGGCCAUGGUCAGCGCAGACCUGUCCGAUGAACCGGCGCCGGAUGCGGAGGCCGAGGUGGCUGGGCCAGACGAUGGCCAGCUGGGGGUGCGGGCACAGCGCCGGAGGGCUAGCGACCUGGCGGGCAGCGUGGACACAGGCAGCGCGGGCAGUGUGAAGAGCAUCGCGGCCAUGCUGGAGCUCUCCUCCAUCGGGGGUGGGGUCCGUGCGGCCCGACGGCCACCAGAAGGCCAUCCGACGCCGCGGCCGGCCAGCCCGGACCCGGGUCGUGUGGCCACUGUACUGGCCUCAGUGAAGCACAAGGAGGCCAUUGGGCCAGACGGCGAGGUGGUCAGCCGGCGCCGCACGCUCAGCGGGCCGGUCACCGGACUCCUUGCUACUGCCCGCCGGGGCCCCGGGGAGCCGGCUGCCCCCACCGAUCAUGGGCACUUUGGGGAGGAUGGUGCCAGUCGGCAGCGGUCUCGCGGUCCCGCCAAGGGUGAGGCAGGCGGCGAGGGCCCACCCUUGGCCAGGGUGGAGGCCAGUGCCACCCUCAAGAGGCGCAUCCGGGCCAAGCAGAGCCAGCAGGAGAACGUCAAGUUCAUCCUGACCGAGUCUGACACGGUCAAACGCAGGCCCAAGGCCAAGGAGCGCGAGGCGGGCCCAGAGCCGCCCCCGCCGCUGUCCGUGUACCAGGACGGCGCGGGCACCCUGCGCCGCAGGCUGGGCUCCGAGCAGGCGGCACCCCCAGACCUGCCCCCGCCGCCGCCGCCCGCGGAGCCCCCUCCUGCCGACCUGCUGCCGCUGCCCCCGCUGCCCCCGCCCGAGGGCGACGGCCGGAAGCCUGCCAAGCCGCCCGUCUCUCCCAAGCCCGUCUUGGCUCACCAGGUGCCCAAAGGCCAGGGUUCGCCCGCACCUGCCUCCAAGAAGGUGCCACUGCCCGGCCCGGGCAGCCCAGAGGUGAAGCGCGCCCACGGCACGCCGCCGCCCGUGUCGCCCAAGCCGCCGCCGCCGCCCACCGCGCCCAAGCCGGCCAAGGCCCCCGCGGGGCUACCGCCGGGCAGCGCCAGCCCGUCGCCCGCGCCCUCGCCGGCCCGCCAGCCGCCCGCCGCGCUCGCCAAGGCGGCCAGCACCCCGCCCUCGGGGAGCGCCAGCCCCGCCAAGCCCCAGUCCCCGGGCGCGCCCGCGCUGCACGUGCCCGCCAAGCCGCCGCGCGCCGCCGCCGCCGCCGCGCCCCCCGCCGCCGCCGACGGCGCCUCGCCCGGGGACAGCGCGCGCCAGAAGCUGGAGGAGACGAGCGCGUGCCUGGCGGCGGCGCUGCAGGCCGUGGAGGCCAAGAUCCGGCAGGAGGACGCGCAGGGCGCGCGCCCCGCAGCCCCCGAGGAGAAGAGCACGAGCAGCAUCCUGGACGACAUCGGCAGCAUGUUCGACGACCUGGCCGACCAGCUGGACGCCAUGCUGGAGUGAGCGGCGCCCCCGCCCGCUGCCCCUUACCUCAGGACGGGCACCCGGGCCGGGCGCGGGCGGCUGGGCAGGCGCGUGGGGUCCCGCCGGCACAAGCACAACUCGCGGGACGGCCAGGCACCGCCGCGUGCGGAAUGUCCAGAACGUCCCUGUGCGACAGCUGCUGCCCGCCCGAGGCAGCGCCAGGGGCACAGCCGCCGCCCCCCUCUGCGGCAGAGCACAGGCCUAUGCCCAGCACAGAACUGCCCGGUGGGGACCGCUGCCAGCCGCUCCAAUGCAGCACAAGGGGCCGGGGGCCAGGGCCCCCCACCCCAUGUACCCUCCAGAAUAUAAGCUAUCAAGAGUAUUAAUUUAUUGGGAAUCAGCUGAGGCAGAUUUCCCCAGAGAAACAAAAGGUAUAACUUUAACAAAUAUAUAUUUAAAGAAAGAAAAAAAUAUUAUUGACUCUAUAGAAAACCAUUUACCAACGGGAAGGGCGCUGGAGUCCAGCUGGGACCAGCCCGGGAGGCCCAAGCUGCCUGCUGUCCACAUGUGCCCCACCCCCCCACGGGAGCGACCUGCCCCUGGCAUGUCCUGUGUCUGCCUCGGCCCCUUGUUCCCUCCUGGUGUCGUGCAUCUGGAGCUCAAGGGACGUGCCUUGACCCCAUGGGCUGCAGUCCCCAAGCUGGGAGGCAGUGGGGGCGGGGGGGUGGCGCUCUCCUGGCAGGGUGCCGAGGGCUGCACCCCAGCGCUGGGCAGUGCUGGCACACACCCCUUGCUCCCAGGGCCUGCCCUGGCCCUGCACCCAUUGCCCGCCUGCCCUCAAGUUCCCCAGGAGCUUCCGCUCGCGUCCAGGCUGUGUCGUGUGGUCCUGCCCGCCCGCCCGCCCGCGCUGCCUGGCCUCUGUUGUUUGCUGACCCACGUGUGUUGGGAGCAACUCUGAUGUUUCUUAAAAAACAAAAAACAAACCAAGAACACCUGAAAGCAGCUACUGUGAUGAGGGAGGGGAGAGCACACAGGCCGGGGGCCUCGGGGUGCGCGGGCCCUGCCAGCUCCACGCCUGGCGCUCCGAGAAAGCGCCGUGCCCGCUGUCCCGGGCACAGCUGUGGGCUUGAAUAAACAGCAGAAAACUGA